AAAAAGGAGCAACCAAGCAAGUUGAUCGAUCCAAUCCAAUGGGGGUGCUGAUACCAGCCCGGCCGGAGCAAUGCACAUUGAGCCGUGUCGUUGCCCUCACCACCGUCUGCGUCGUCAUCGUGGUUUGCACGUACGUCGUCGCGUCGUCUUCUCCGGCCGGAGGCGACGCCGGGAACGAGGAGAGGUUCUACAACAUAUGGCGCCGCCGAUCAUCGGAUUUUGCCCCCGACGAUCUGGAGGUGGCGCUGCGCGGUGCAGCGUACGCAAACAAGACGCUGAUCCUGACCAUGCUGAACGAGGCGUACGCGGAGGAGGGCGGCCUGCUGGACCUCUUCCUCGAGAGCCUGAGGGAAGGGGACGGCACCGAGCAGCUCAUCGACCACGUCCUCUUCGUGGCCAUGGACCAGCAGGCCUUCCGCCGGUGCAGGAGCCUCGGCGGCGGCGUCAAGUGCUACCUGCUCCGGGCCGUGGACAGCCAGCAGGGCGACCUCUCGUCGGAGCAGCUCUACAUGUCGGACGGCUUCAUACGCAUGAUGUGGCGCCGGAUCCGGUUCCUUGGCGACGUCCUCAAGCACGGCUACAGCUUCAUUUUCACUGAUAUGGACGUGAUGUGGCUGAGGAAUCCGUUCCCGAAGCUGGACCGCGGUGAGGGCGAGGACUUGCUGAUCAGCUCCGACAAGUUCAACGGCGUGCCGCACGACUACGCCGGCAACGAGCUGAACACGGGCUUCUUCUUCGUGGACUCGAACGACCGGACGGUGGCGCUGUUCGACGAGUGGCACGCGGCGCGGCGGGUCUCGGCGGGGAUGAAGGAGCAGGACGUGCUGAACCGGAUGAAGCGGCGCGGCGCGUUCCGCCGGCUCGGCCUGCGCGUGCGCGUCCUGGACACGGCGCGCUUCAGCGGGUUCUGCCAGGACAGCCGGGACGCGGCGCAGGUGGCCACCGUGCACGCCAACUGCUGCCGCACCAAGCGGGCCAAGGUCGCUGACCUCAAGGCCGUCCUUCGCGCCGCCAAGCGGCUCAACAGGACGACGACGGAGCUUAGGUGGCCAGCGCAUCGCGAGUGCGUAAAAUCGUGGUCGUGAACAUCUCUGGGCAAAGUUGUCGUCUUCGGCAGGCCCAAUGCAGGAAGUUCCCAACUUAGCCAAUCGUUUUUGUUGGCCUUUUUAACCCAUCUAUAAUCAUCAAAAUUAUUAACUAUUUUGAUUGCAACCUUUAGACAUGCACUAAAAAUAUGCCAAUUAGAUUUGUGUUUUGAGGUGAAAGAGAGAGGAGAGGGGAGAGAAGAGAGCACAGCUGCAAACCUACAACGUAUAUGUUAAUAUAAACUAACCAUUAUUAUUUUACUA